UCCCUGGAAGGUCAAAAGGUUCAGAAAUGACGUGACAGAGGUAUCUUAGUAUCAGCUGGCAGUGAAAGAAACAGCAACCAUGGAGACAGAGUCCGUUCGCUCGGGCAACAGCAGCUACGUCAGCCACCGGUCGCACCGCAGCCGAGACAAGCACCGGGACAGAAAACGGCGCAGCCGGGGAGACCACAACCACAGCAGCUCCCUCCUGAAGGCUGACCGGUCGGUGACCAUACAGACUCCACCACACAGCACCACUGGAGGGGGCGAUGGGGAGGAUGGAGAGGAGGUCAUCGAGGUUCAGAUCCUGCCUCAGGAUGAUAACUGGGGAGAUAACACUACAGCCAUCACCGGCACCAGCGAGCAGACGUCCAUGGAGGACAUCUCCAGGAUGGCCAAGGACAUGGAGGACAGUAUCGGGCUGGGCAGCAUCCAGCACCUCGGGGUCGUCAUUGCCACCAUGUUGUCCUUUUUCGCCUUCCUCACUCCCAUCGCCUUCGUAGUGCUUCCGCUGGUUCUGUGGAAGGAAACUCUGGACCCCUGUAACACCGUGUGCCAUGGACUCUUCAUCAGCUUUGCCUUCAAGCUGUUGAUCCUGCUGAUCGGUGCGUGGGCGCUGUUCUUCCGCAGGCCGAGGGUGGUCAUGCCGCGCGUGUUCGUGUUCCGUUCCAUGAUCAUGGCCCUGGUGUUUGUGUACACGUUGUCCUACUGGCUCUUCUACGGAGUCCGCGUGUUAGACGAGCGCCCGUCCAACUACCAGGACAUCGUGCAGUACGCAGUCUCCCUGGUGGAUGCACUGCUCUUCAUUCACUACCUAGCAGUUAUUCUAAUCGAACUCAGGCACCUCAGGCCCCAGUUUAUCGUCAAGGUAGUGAGGAAUACCGACGGAGAAAACCGAUUCUACCACGUGGGCCAGUUCAGCAUACAGCGGGCCGCCGUGUGGCUCCUCGAGCAAUAUUACCGUGACUUCCCACCGUACAACCCCGCCCUGAUGCACAUACCCACACGUGCGCCCAAACAGCUCACCGGCUUCAAGUUCUACGACGUGGACGGGAACCCGGGUAACGCCUCGGCGUCACAAACGCGGGCCAUGAUCGCGGCGGCGGGGCGGCGUCACGAGUCGAUCCACAAGGAGAGAUACUACGAGGAACAAGAGUACGAGAGGAGGGUGAAGAAGAGAAGAGUGCGGUUUGUGUGUGCCACAGAAGAGGCAUUUACGCAUAUCAAACGGCUAAGCGAGGAGCGCGGCCCGGCCGUACCCAUGGAUCCUCACGAGGCUGCGCAGGCGAUCUUCCCGGCAUUUGCCCGUCCCAUGCAGAAAUACCUGCGUGUAACCAAGCAGCAGCCUUACCACACCAUGGACAGCAUCCUCAAGCACCUUGCUUUCUGUAUUGUACAUGAUUGUACCCCCAAGGCCUUCCUGGAGCGCUACCUGACACCAGGGCCCUCCAUUCAGAACGAGAGCGAAAUUCACAAGAAGCAAAAGUGGACUCUUGUGUCGGACCUUCCUCUCCACAACUCGCUGGAACCCGGCAUGAGCUUUGCUCUCCGUGAACAGAGCUUCUCACUGCUGGUUACUGUCAUGCGUAUUCCAACCAUCAAACUCAAGGAAGACUACCAAGAUCCCAAGAGCAACAAGUUUGUACUCAGACUGCAGUCAGAAACCUCAGUCUAACUCACUGUACCCCUCCCCAUCAACAGGCUAAGUUUAGAAGUGUGGUCUUAAUUGUGAUGUCAAGUUUGGCAUAGUCUUGAUUAUGGACUGUCCCCCUUCCUCUGUGUGUAAGGAAAAUGUUGUGGUCAUGAAGGAUAUUUAAAUUUGAACCCUGUGGUGGAAUGUCAUGUGGUAGGAGAUGUACCUUGGUCUGUCACAACUUGUUGAUAUUGUGUUAACAGAUUUUGGCUUGUACGAGAUGAUUGUUUUCUAAUUUGUUACAAAAAAGUAAGUAGUUGUUUACAUAUUAAAGAGUUCAGAAUGGCUAUAGUAUAAUGUAGAGGAUGUUAGUGUAUUGGUACCGAUAAGUAGACUUUUUUACUUGCACAAUUCCUUGCACAUCAGUGUUGACUUCUCAACAGUAGGAAACUAAUAUUUAAUUGUGUGUUUUGAUGAGUGUUGUAGGAAAUGGAUAGGUGGAUGUCAGAACCCCCAUAGAAGGCCCACACAGGCCAGUCUGGCACCUCUGUACAUAUAUAAUAUAGUAGUCUCCAAUUUUCCAAAACAGUUGUCAUGAUAGACCUGUUGUCUACUACUUAAUUAUUACAGUUCUUUGUUGGUUGUAUGGUUAACAAAGCUCACUGAGACGGACGAAAGUUGGUUUUAAAACAUCGGGCAACAUGUACAGAUGCGUAACAAUAUUAGUUUAUCACCUUCGUGUUGUAAAGAAGGGAAAAAUGGAAAAAAAAGGAUGUAACCUUUGGAGAUGCCAGUCAAAGUUCAGGUCAUGUCCAAGUAGGGUUUCUACAGCAAAACUAGUUUUGCAGACUGUGCCUUCUGAGGUUUGUAGGCUUCUAAACUUAACUUUCCUACUUCAAAUUGAAUCAAAGGGUCCAUUAUUUUCACCUCUCCUCGAGUGAUUUCGUAAAAAAAAGAAAGUAUAUUUUCUAAUGAUAGGAUCCGUUACAUGGCAUAAUGCAAACUUUUCUACGAUUUUUGAAUCCCAGGAUUGCUCAGAUUUUUCAUGGGACUCGUGUUGAGUCUACUUGUAUAUACGACUGCCCUGAUGAUCUAAACCAAAAUAGGUUUCCUCCCUGACCACUAGCAUAAUGAAAUGGUCUGCAAUAAUUUUGUGUCCCUAACAUUAGUUUAUUUACAAGUUUGAGAAAUUAGUGAUUUUAAAUGGACGUUAAACUAGACUUGGAUAAUAGAAUUCAUGUCUGAAAAAUGUUUUUACAGAUUUGAAACCUUAUUCUCUAUGUUAUAGAAUUGUGAUGAAAAGGGGAGGAAACCAAUUUGAAUAUAGGUAAAUUUGGUGUAAGGAACAUGUGUAGAACACUGUAUAGCUGUACUUAAAAGAGUAUUGUGUAGUGAUGAAUAUUUCCCUAGUGUGUACCCCCCCAUCUGAGUUAGUCUCUGUGGCUGACAUGAUUUCAUAACUCUUGCCCUGUAACUGAUGAAUAAAGAUAUCAUACAGAUCA